GAAAGGCGGGCGUGUUAUUGCUCGACAACUUUCGCUUGGCGGGAAAACGUGAUUGUUUCUCGAACGUUAUUCCUUUUUUAAAAAUUCGUUUUGAAACUUUUUUUUUGCAUAAUAAUUGUUGCCAGUUAUGUUUGGGAUAUUGCCGUGUUCUAAUACUUAGAAAUAGAAGACGUAGUGGUUUUGUUUGAAGAUUUCAUUUGGUACCUACAAUGAAUGCUGUUUGGUCGAUUUUCGCUGUAUUCAUGCUCUUAAAUGCAAUUACUGCCGUUACAUUUGUAUUGGGGUACCGGGAUGGCCAUAGACAAAUAUUCAAGCAGGACAAAAGCUCCGAUGAGAACGCCGCGUCAUCUUUCCUCUCCCUCGGGAUUAGUGCAGACACACCGCGGAAUAAGAGGAAUUAUGAUACAUCUCGACAAGUUGAAGCUCAGCACACAUCAAUAACCAGCUCCCACAGGAAAACGAAGCGAAGAGUAAGUGCCUUUCAAGUCGCAACGUCCAGGCUUCUCGAUAUCAAAACGUACAGACACAAAAGAGAUAUUGGGCCUGGGAAUGUGGUUAUUACACAACACUUCAGCGAUAAAUUUGUUACUCCAGGAGAAGACAUUAGUUUGCAGUGUACAGCGACAGCUGACAGGCCUCCAAGAUUCUUAUGGGAGCGAGAUGGUGUAGUUAUAUCUUUGAAUACAGAUUCUAGAUAUACAGUAGGUCAAGUUAUGUCAUCAUCAGGUAUGGGGGUUGUGUCACAUUUAAACAUAUCAAGGACGAGAGUGGAUGACGGGGGACUUUACUCUUGUGUUGCUAUCGAAGGAGAUACUAAAUCUAACCAUGAAGCAAGAAUAGAUAUUUAUGGUCCACCUUAUAUAAGAACAUUGCCACCUAUUAAAGUUCAAAGCGGAGAGGGACUUCACCUUAGGUGUCCAUACUACGGAUAUCCUAUAAGCAAACUUGAAUGGGAACAUAAAGGAAAGAAAAUUAUCAGCACCUCGUUCCCACAACAUACAAGAUAUAAGAGAACCUAUUUCACAAAUACGAGGAAACGUAGAAAAAGACAAAUCUUUGAGCGAAGCGAAAAUGGUGCUUUAAAUAUACAGAAAAUAGUUAAGGAGGAGAAUGGAGACAUAUAUACAUGUAUAGUUUAUAGUCCUUCAGGAGAAAUGGCUAGACGAUCGUUUGAAAUCCAGGUGGUAGAGGCACCAGAGUUAGAUGAACUUCGAGUCGGAUCAGGACUAAAAGAGGGACAAAUUGUGCAAAUAACGUGUAACAUCAUCAGUGGUGAUCCACCCAUUUAUUUUUCAUGGUUGAAAGACGGAAAGAAGAUUCCUGCUAGUUUAAAGAUAACAGAAAGGAGUGCGGAGCUUUUCAGCGUACUAAUUAUAAAACGUGUUUCAUUGGAACAUUGUGGUAAAUACACCUGUAUUGCAACCAAUCACGUUGGAAAGGUCAAUAAAACCACAGAUCUGUACAUAAACGUUGCCCCGAAAUGGAUUGAGGAGCCGUCAAACACAUCCUUGUUAUUAGGGCAACGAGGCGUAGUUUACUGCAAUGCUAAUGGCUACCCCACACCACAGAUACAUUGGAUGAAGCGAGAUGCGACACUUGGCAUUUGGCGGCCUGUCUUGGAUCUAGCCGGUGGUGGAGUCAUGAGCUAUCCCAACGGUACCCUCAUCAUCGAAGUGGUGUCCCUAUCUGAUGAAGGAGUAUACGCCUGUAACGUGGAGAACGGUGUAGGUGAUGCAUUGAAUAAGAAUCUUUGGAUCAGUGUUAAUAAGCCGGUGCAUUUCGAGUCCGUGGGAUCGAACUUGACUACAAAAAUUGGGCUACCGGUCACAAUAACUUGUCGGCCAUUGGGGGACAACCCUAUAAGAGUGAAAUGGAGUUUGGAUGGAAAACCAUUGGACUUCACAACAUCAAGAUCAACUAUAUCUGAAACCAUCACACACAAUGGUCUGAAGAGUAUCGUCAAUAUAAACUAUGUGGAGGGACGAGACGGUGGUACCUACGAAUGCAGGGCGAGUAAUCCGUACGGCGUUGCAGCCUAUAAUGUCCAUCUUACCAUCCUUGAGCCUCCAACCCCGCCCUUAGAUCUGCAAGUCGACUCUGUAACUAGCAAUUCAGCUAAACUAUCGUGGAGAGAUACAAUUAGUACACACGUCCAGUACUAUACUGUACAGUACACGACUACAGACUUCGUUAUGUGGGAUACUGCGAAAAGCAUCAAUAUUACAAGACAAGAUAGUGAUUCCCGUCAGAGCAUUGAACUACGAGAUUUACAACCAGCAACUAACUACAGAGUACGUGUAUCAUCGGGAAAUCAAGUAGACCUGAGCCCGUAUACACAGCCUAUGCAUUUUACAACGCAGCAGGAAGCUCCAUCAUCAACUCCUCUAGGAGUACAAGUCCAAUCAACAGAAAAUCCAGGGGAACUAAUCGUAGCAUGGCUUCCACCACCUCGGGAGUCUCACAAUGGACCUCUACAAGGAUAUCAUGUAAAAGCUGUCCCAAGAAUUAGUGGAGAAUCAGGACCAAAUGAUACACAAACUAAAAUGGUGAAAGUUAUAUCCAGAAAAGGAAAACAAGAGACGACUCUUAGUGGACUGCUUAAAAAUACGAGAUACGCUGUUUCAGUGAGUGCCUUCAAUUCAGCGGGGAACGGACCUUUUUCUUUACCAGUUUACCAAACUACUAGAGAAGGGGCACCAGAACACCCUCCAUCAGGAGUGGAAUGUCGCGGAGUAUCCUCCUCAUCAUUACGCAUCUCCUGGCAGCCGAUUACUUCCUAUGGGGCUUCCUUACUUGGUUAUACUGUCUUCUAUAGCACUGAAGAUGGCAGCUGGCAAAAUGUGACGUCACCGCACACUGAACUAUAUCUACAGGCUUUAUUAAAAUAUACGAACUACUCCGUCAAAGUAGCUGGAUUUUCUAAUUAUGGACUUGGGCCAUUUUGUUAUCCUAUUGUCUGUACUACAUUGCAAGAUGUACCAGGUCCACCCUCACCGAUAAAAGUAUUAGUGUCAUCACCAACAUCAUUGCUGGUUAGUUGGAAGAGACCUGAACAACCAAACGGAGAGAUCACGCACUAUACAGUAUAUGUUAAACCAGUUUCAAGCACAAGUUCACCACAAAGCUACCGAGUGGAGCCUUCUCAAGAAACACUACGUCAGUUGACUUUCCCCCUAUCAGGACUAUCAACUGCCCGACAAUACGAAGUAUUUGUGAGAGCACACACUGCCGCUGGUGAAGGAACACCGAGCAAUCGUGUACAUGCUUCACUUUCUUCUAAAGUUGUGCCAGGAGUAGCUUCAUUAGGAGGCCCUAUAUCAGUAGGAGUGGGGAGUUCCUUGCUGCUAGCAUGCCAAUGUGUUGGCACACCACCUCCAAGGACUGUGUGGUACCACAAACACAACAUCAUUACCCAUCAUCCCAGGUUCACCAGGAACCAUGAUGAUAGUCUUCUUAUUAAUAAUAUUGACCAAUCUCUUAGCGGCAACUACACCUGUUUAGCCAAGAACUUGUAUGGCUCUGACUCAGUCACGUACGAGGUAUCGGUACUGCCUACACCAGAGCCUCCCACAUUGAGGAUAACACCUCAUAAAAAUGCUUUGAAUUUGCAAUGGGAGCCUCCAAGGAAGAUUGGGAAAUCACAAAAGAUAAGCUAUAACCUUACAUGGAAGGAAGGCAAUGGUUCCUGGCAAGACGCAUGGUCGAACAAAGUCACUUCCCAACAAGGUUCCCAAGAGUAUACCCUACAAGGUCUGAAGUGUGGUACUAAGUACUCGUUGAGGAUGACAGCAGCUAAUAGUGUGGGUUCCUCGCAGCCUACCUACAUUGAUGCUACGACUUUGGGUGGAGUGCCUAUCUCGCCAACCACUACAGAAUGGUUUUGGAGUAAUGCGAGCCAUGUAUAUAUACAAUUGAGCGGCUGGGACGAUAAUGGCUGUGAAAUAACCAAAUUUGAAGUAGAUUAUAGGGAAUAUGGUAGCAAAAUGUGGAGGAAGGCUGAAAAUAGACUUCCCCAAUUGGAUCAGCAAUGGUCCCAUUAUGUAGCCUCGUCAAUAUUAAAUCAACCAAACUCAUUCGUGAUAGCGGACUUAGUGCCAGCACAAUGGUACCAAAUAAGAGUCACCGCUGAGAACUCCGCUGGGCUAUCAGUAUCCGUGUAUAACUAUGCUACUACCACGUUACAGGGAGAAUCGAUUGGCCCUCCAUCUGAAUUUUUUGACUUGAAUAUGUUAGUCAUUAUAUGCAGUUCCAUUCUGCUAAUGAUUUGCUCCCUUACGUGCGUUUAUAUACUAGUCAAGAGACAUAAUAAUCAUCAACAACUUACAGAGUAUCGUAACUCGUUAACAGCCGAUUGUAAGUCUGAACGUGGGAACAUUACGGCGAAUACGCCACAGACACAGUCAGAUAUCAACAAUCGAGUGUAUAGUACGCCUGUCCAUUUGAAUGCAGAUAGCAAACAUGAGUUGUAUGAAAUAAGUCCAUACGCACAAUUCGCAAUUGGUUUCCGUACAUUUGGCCACGUUGAUAACCAAGAGGUUCCUAGUCGGAUACAUAUGCCUGGAAACAGUAAAUCUAGAUAUGACAGCGAAACAAGUUUUCAAGUGAGAUCAGAAUCGGAAGAAAGUGAUUGCGUUUCAAGAACUACGACAUUAAAAAGUGCGCCCAGAAAAGGCUGCAGAAUACCACAUCACAGGUAGCUGAAAAAUAGAUCUGAAUCUAGUUAUAACUAAAGCGUUAAUGGAUGAGUUAGGAAAAUAAUUUAGUAUUUUUAGUAAUUUUAAAUUCUUGUUUUUAUACAAACUACAUAAAAUGUUCAAUAAACUUUAUUAUCUCAUAAUGGUAAGCAAUAUACUAUUAAAUUUAAUUUUAUAACACUAUAUUAUAAAAACAAUUUUGUCAAUUUCAAUUUAUUGUAUUUUAAAUUAGUCAUAAAUAUAUUAUAGUCAUAAUUUUAAUAUUGUUUAGAAUCUUCUAUUUAAACGCCUAUUAGUAAUUUAAAAUUAUACUAAACAAUUAUCAUUUAAAUUUUAUACAAAUUUGACUUAAAAACGAGUUUUUAUUGCUCAUUAUUAGAGUAGAUAAACUUUUUUACAAACUACUUUUAAAUUUAAGCUUUGUACUUGUCUCUAUAAAAAACUAUAAAUUUUAUCAUUACGUAGCAUUCAUAUUGAAAAAUUGUAUUUUAUUUAUAACUUGACUGACUAUUUUUAUUGUUUGACUAGUUAAUUUAUACUGUAAUGAAAUAAGUAAUACAUCAAUCAAGUAUAUAUUGAGUGAUAAAUAUCAAAAGUGACCCAAAAUUAAAAAUAUUUUCGUUCUAUGUCAUUCAGGACAAUAUAACAAAUGCAUAGCCUACAA